AUAAAACUUUAUUCAUAUACUGCUAGUUAAUAAGUAUUCAAAAUUACUGUACUCUGAGAUCCUUUAGGCAAAGUCUGUUACAGUCAUCUAUUUCAGUGCGAAUUGAAGAAAGAGGAACAAUUAUGUCAACAUAUUGAUUAACCUAAAAACCUGGAAAUUUGGUAUAUUUAUGUAGCUAAUACUAUGAAAUAAUCGUCAUUAAAUAUAUACACAUAUAAAAAGGAUUUGUUCAAUUAGACACAGGAUUAUAAUUAUAGUAGCUGGUUAAACUGAAGCAUCCAAGGCUGCAGUUUCCUAGUGCGGACUGUGGGCGCCGCUGUUGGCCAAAGUGGAGAGCUUGGGCACUGGCGAUCUCCUCGCGCAGCCGCAGCGCACUUUCCCUAUCAGACUCUCUAGCCCGAGCCUUUAACACCACUUCCUCCUUUGGAAAAGAAGAAACCCCGACCCUCACACAGGACUUACAGCCUUUUUGGAGCUCCGGACAUCUGCGGCACAGAGAUCAUUUGUAAUCCGGCGUCUCCGGGCCGGUGAGCAACCUGAGCGGAGCAACAGGGAUGGGGAGCGGCGCUGGAGAGAGGGGCUGGGCUGAGAGGUGGCCAGUGCUCUUUCCCUUCCUGCUGUCUUUGUUCUGCUGGGCGCUCUCGGAGCAGAUCCGCUACCGGAUUCCCGAGGAAAUGCCCGAGGGUUCGGUGGUGGGGAACCUCGCCAAGGAUUUGGGACUCAGCGUGCACGAGUUACCGACUCGACAACUGCGCAUCAGUUUGGAGAAGCCUUACUUCACCGUGAGCGCCAAGAGCGGGGAAUUACUUGUGAGCAGCAGGCUAGACCGGGAGCAGAUGUGCGGGAAGAAGUCAGCCUGUACUCUGGAAUUUGAGGCUGUUGCUGAAAAUCCGUUGAACUUUUAUCACGUGAGUGUGGACGUCGAAGAUAUUAAUGACCACACGCCAAAAUUCACCCAAACUUCUUUUGAUCUGCAAAUAAGUGAGUCUACAAAGCCCGGGGCACGAUUUAUUUUAGGAUCUGCUCAUGAUGGGGAUAUUGGUACCAACUCACUACAGAGUUACCAGCUCAACCCCAAUGAUCAUUUCUCACUCGUGAAUAAAGAUAAAUUAGAUGGCAGUAAAUACCCUGAACUCGUACUACAGACGCCGUUAGACCGGGAAGAGCAGAAAUCCUACAGGUUGACCUUGACUGCGUUGGACUGCGGGGAUCCACCCCUAAGUAGUACUGCCCAGAUACAGGUCCUAGUGACUGAUGCCAACGAUAACCCUCCCGUGUUCAGUCAAGAGCUAUACAAGGUAGGCCUUCCGGAAAAUGUGCUUCCGGGCACCACUGUGCUUCAAGUGAUGGCCACCGAUCAGGAUGAGGGUGUCAAUGCCCAGAUCACCUUCUCUUUCACUGAAGCAGGCCAGAUCACCCAGUUUGACCUGAAUGCUAAUACUGGAGAAAUUACUAUUCUAAAUACAUUAGAUUUUGAGGAAGUCAAGGAAUAUUCCAUUGUUUUGGAAGCAAGGGAUGGUGGAGGAAUGAUUGCCCAAUGUACCGUGGAGAUAGAGGUCCAAGACAUAAAUGACAAUUUCCCAGAAGUGGUAUUCCAAUCUCUGCCAGAUCUUAUUAUGGAGGACACCAAGCUGGGAACACACGUUGCUUUGCUUAAAAUCCGUGACAAGGAUUCUGGACACAACGGAGAAGUUACCUGUAAAUUAGAAGGUGAUGUUCCAUUUAAAAUACUUUCUUCUUCUAUGAACACCUAUAAAUUAGUGACAGAUGCAGUUCUAGACCGCGAGCAGACCACUGAGUACAAUGUCACCAUCACAGCCACCGACAGGGGAAAGCCGCCUCUUUCCUCCAGCUCAAGCUUCACCCUACACAUCGGCGAUGUCAACGACAACGCGCCAGUUUUCCAGCAGGCCUCCUACGUGGUCCACGUGGCCGAAAACAACCCUCCUGGAGCCUCCAUCGCCCAAGUCAGCGCCUCCGACCCCGACCUGGGGCCCAACGGCCGCGUCUCCUACUCCAUCGUGGCCAGCGACCUGGAGCCACGGGCGCUGGCGUCCUACGUGUCGGUGAGCGCGCAGAGCGGCGUGGUGUUCGCGCAGCGCGCCUUCGACCACGAGCAGCUGCGCGCCUUCGAGCUGACCCUGCAGGCCCGCGACCAGGGCUCGCCCGCGCUCAGCGCCAACGUGAGCCUGCGCGUGUUGGUGGGCGACCGCAACGACAACGCGCCGCGGGUGCUGUACCCGGCGCUGGGGCCCGACGGCUCGGCGCUCUUCGACACGGUGCCGCGCGCCGCGCAGCCCGGCUACCUGGUCACCAAGGUGGUGGCGGUGGACGCCGACUCGGGACACAAUGCCUGGCUGUCAUACCACGUGCUGCAGGCCAGCGAGCCGGGACUCUUCAGCCUGGGGCUGCGCACGGGCGAGGUGCGCACGGCGCGUGCUUUGGGCGACAGGGACGCGGCCCGCCAGCGCCUGCUGGUCGCUGUGCGGGAUGGGGGACAGCCGCCCCUCUCGGCCACAGCCACGCUGCUCCUGGUUUUCGCUGACAGCUUGCAGGAGGCGCUGCCAGACGUCAGCGAGCGCCAGGCGCCCGCUGAUCCCCAGGCUGAGCUGCAGUUCUACCUGGUGGUGGCUUUGGCCUUGAUCUCCGUGCUCUUCCUCCUCGCGGUGAUUCUGGCGGUUGCCCUGCGCCUGCGACGCUCCUCCAGCUCCACCACCUGGGGCUGCUUUCAGACCAAUGUUUGCUCCAAGACUGAAUCUGGAGUUAUCUCCAGUUACAGCGAAGGGACUUUGCCUUAUUCCUACAAUUUGUGUGUUGCCCAUACUGGAAAGACAGAGUUUAAUUUUCUGAAAUGUAAUGAGCAGUUGAGUUCAGAACAAGACAUACAUUCUGAUGAUUCAUCUGGGGCCUUAUUUCCACUUUGCAAAUCCAGUGAGUCAACCUCCCAUACGCAAGCCCCGCCCAACACGGACUGGCGAUUCUCUCAGGCCCAGAGACCCGGCACCAGCGGCUCCCAAAAUGGUGAUGAAACCGGCACCUGGCCCAACAACCAAUUUGACACAGAGAUGCUGCAAGCUAUGAUCUUGGCCUCUGCCAGUGAAGCUGCUGAUGGGAGCUCCACCUUGGGAGGGGGCGCUGGCACCAUGGGCCUAAGUGCCCGCUACGGGCCCCAGUUUACCCUGCAGCACGUGCCCGACUACCGCCAGAACGUCUACAUCCCCGGCAGCAAUGCCACACUGACCAACGCAGCUGGCAAGCGAGAUGGCAAGGCCCCCGCAGGUGGCAACGGCAGCAAGAAGAAGUCAGGCAAAAAGGAGAAGAAGUAACGCAGAGGCCAGGCCCAGAGAGCCACAGGGUGGCUUCCCCCCCCCCCCCCCCCCCGCCCCAGCCAGCCCAGUCUCUCCCUUACCUGUACCCAAGCCUCGAUUUUCGGGGCUCACCCCCACGAUACUGGUAGGGGUCCAGGCCAUGCUCCCCUUGGGAAAAGAAACAAGUGCCCAGUCAACACCCCCCUCUCUGCCCCCAAGGGAUCGAAUAUGCAAAGGGAGUUCUGCUGGGAACCCCCAUCCAAUCAAUUGCUGUGCCCGUGGGGGUAGUGGGGUUUGUGUAGACACCAUUUAUCACUCCUCCUUAAGUUACAGCUGGACUUUCCCAUCUUCCAAAUUCAAUCAGACCCAUCUGCCAUCCCCUGCCUCCCUCCUUCUCCCUACCCCCUCGGCAGCCCUCUUUCGUAAGUAGGGUGGUCGGGGUGUUGAGGUACCUGGUGACCUAAAAAGUCUCACAGUUCUGAAGAGUUAGAAGGCCAUCAUAACCUUUAGGCCUCUCCAAUUCUCAAACUUCCUCCAAGCAUGGUUUGGUGCCAGUCCUUUCAUCUCCUUCCCGAGACCAGGCUCAAGUUUUGGGAGAUGCAGUCACCAUUCCCAUGGUACUGAUGCUUACUGGAUUUAGGUGUGUGGGGGGGUGGCAUGUAGCUACCAUGCCUCUUCCAAACACCCUCGGGACCAGUGUUUUGUUCUGUUUUUCAUUGUUUGAUGUUCCCACUGCAUGCUGUGACUUUCCCCUCCCCAAACAAGAGACUCCAUUGCAUGUUCCAAGACAGUAUGGGGUGGUGAGAUGAAAGGAAGUGUGUGGAUGUGGGGGAUGGACAAAGCUUGACUGACCGGUUAUCAGGGUCUUGUAGAAGGCUUUGUAUGUCACCAGGGUACUGGCCAGAUCCCCAAUUCCAGCCAUAAACCAAGUACCAGGCUGGGCCCUCAUGUACCAUGUAAAGGCAGUAAACUUUGGGCUAAGCUGUUAACAUCAGUAGGUUUAAACUGGCAUUACAGUCAGAGGAAGGUGUGAGGACAUUUAGGACCAGGCCCCUGGAGAGGUCAGAGGGCCCUCUGUGGGUGCUGGGUACUCCAGAGGUGCCAGUGAUCUAAGAAUCAUUGUGGCCCCAGCAGUGAGGGAGGGUCGGGCUGGGCCAUUCUUGGUCCCUGGGUUUUGGGGAGACAUGGAGCUAGACCUGGGACCAAAUGGAUGGGAUGUCUCAGCCUGGGAUCAGGGCUUCUCUGUGGGGCCCUGCGCUCCCCAAGCCUCUGUUCCUUCAUUUUGCCAGGUGCCAUUUCUUCCCCAGAAGGCCACUGUCCGGGCCCCUCACCAGUCUGCCCCCCAGUGGCCAGAGCCUGGUUGAAGUCCCCCAGUGCCUCCUUGUGCAUAGACCUUUCUCUGCCCACCCCUGUCUACCCCGCCCCAGCCUCGUACACCCAGCGGGGCUGUGCAAGAACCCCACCCCAGCCCCGACAGUAGUAUAGAGCCCCCCCUUUCGGCUGGUGUAGAGUAGCCAAUAGUGUAGUGCGGUGUGCUUUCCCGUGGUGGCGGGUGGGUGGAGGGCUCCGUGCCAACUGCCCUUGAAUCCGCCAGCGGCGGCCGUGCUGUGUUUUGUGCUGUGUCCACGCGCUGCGGCGCCCCCCUCCCCUGUACUGACGCCUAGAAGUGCUUCUCUUUGCAUAGUCACGUAGCUGCCCCACCCACUCCCCUUCCUGUGUUUCACGCAAGUUUUAUACUCUAAUAUUUAUAUGGCUUUUUUUCUUUGAAAAAAAUUAAAACGUUUCUUCUGAAAGCU